AAAUUUCAAGACAAUGCGAGCGUUGAUAUUCAUCACGACUUACAGGACACGCAUAUAAGCAUUUGUUCCGUUAGUGUUCCGCCACUUUUCACUGAUAAUUUUGAUUACGAAACCAGAGACCACUUCAUCGAUGGUAUUAUAGUCCACGAAGAGUUAUUGGGACAUUCAAUUUACGCACAUAUAGUGGACACCGGGUAUUGCGCCCGCGUUAACAACAUCUCCAGCUAUGACCGCAUCUGUAAAGAUAUAUUACAGCGCUUUACGCACCCGACCGUACCUGAGAUGCAAACUAGUUGUACAUAUCAGAGACACAACAUUUAUAAGAAAACAGGCGUUCAUUUGGAAGUUGACACGAAAAUCAAAGAAAAUGUUGCGAUUGGAACCGAUUCUUCAUUUGGUAGCAAAACGUUUAUAACUAACAGCACUGUUGGCUCUAAUUGUCGGAUUGGCAACAAUGUUACGAUAGAAGACACUUAUAUUUGGGAUAAUGUGGUCAUUGAAGACAACUGUGUCCUCAAACAGUGCAUUAUUGCAGAUAAUGUGCACUUGAAGUCAAAUGUGACCAUAAAAGGCGGUUCCCUUAUAUCAUAUAACGCCGUUUUGGGACCAAAUAUUACGCUCAAGAAGUUUACGCACAUAUUUUACGAUAAGGACAAAAAAGGUGUUAAAUUUGAUAAAAGUAUUGUUGGAAACGAAGGCAAAGGAGUUGUUUAUAUUGCGGACAAAGACGAAGAGUCCGAAGAGGAAGAGGCCGUCUUUGAAGAGAUUUGGGGCGAAAGUGAUGACGAGAACGAAGACGAAGACAAGUGGACGACUUCGACCACAUUCUCUGAUAACAACACGUCUGACAACGAACUCAUUGACACUGAUUUGGUUGACGACACAAAAGUGUUUUUCGACGAAGUGGUCGAUAGUCUUCAACGGGGUAUAAAAGAGAGGGUCGACUGCGAUAAUCUGAUUCUUGAGAUUAAUUCAUCGAAGUAU